AUGCUCCUGCGGGCAGAAUUUUGUUGCGCCGCUCGCCAAGCCCUGAGCUUGGGCCCGCGGCCGGGCGCACUUAGUCCGAGUUUUUCCUCCCACUGCCACGACUUCCCUUCCACCAUCUUCAACCAUCUCGUUGUUGAGACACGCGCAGUUACCCUCCUUGAUGCAGAACGAUCAGACGGAACAGUUUCUGUGCUGGAUAUGCACGAUCGCUUCACGCAGGCUCUCCAAGUGCACUCAACUGCAAUGUACAAAUCCAGGCUUGCCAACGUGAGAUACAUCUCCGACCUCGCUCGCUCCGGCGGCCAAGAGAGGCUGUGCACCUCAAACAUCAUGAACACGCGGGGAGACAUCGACGGCCAUGCUAGCGCCAAAGACACUACCGUUCCUUUCACCGACGUCGUCAGCUUCUAG